AAAACCAAAGGGAAGAAAAAUGUAUCACAUUUCUUUCUUUUUAAUCUGCUGCUGCUUGUUUUUCCUUGUAAUUCCUCAUUCAAAAUUGUCCACCAUUGCUGCAACAUCUGUUGAUAUAAUCGACCAAACCUGCAAAAAAUGCGCAGAUGAAUUCACCGUCAUUAGCUACAAGGUUUGCGCAACCUCUCUCCAAGCUGUGCCUGUCAGCCAUGUGACUAAUCUUCAAGGACUAGCAUUGAUAGCAAUGGAGCUAGCACUAGAAAAUGCAACCAACACACUGUCCACCAUAGAGAAGUUGUCGAGUAACAAAAGUUUCGAUCCUUUUGCUCUGGUUUGCUUGAAGGACUGCUUGCAGCUGUAUUCGGAUGCGAUCACAACACUGAGAGAUGCUGUUGGAGCAUUUCUGAGGGGGGAUUACGACACGGCGAAUAUCUGGGUGAGUGCAGUUAUGGAAGCACCAACUACAUGUGAAGAAGGGUUUAAGGAGAAGGAAGGUGAAGUGUCUCCAUUGAAAAAUGAGAAUUACAAUCUUUUUCAAUUAUGUGAUAUUGCACUAUGCAUAAGCCACUUGCUUAAGUACUCAGGGUCUACAUUCUUGACAAGAUGCUCUGCAACUUAAUUAGUCUUUGUGUUGAUUAUCAAUGUCCCUUGUUGAAUAAGAGCUGCUGCUCUGCAACUAUUUGAAUUUUCUUUGCAUAUAUGAUUGUUUGCAGCUGAAGAAAAAUAUGAUCCAAUUUCCCUGUCAAUAUAACAGGGACAAGGAGAAUGUGCCAAAAGAACAGAAUUUGUAACUCUGUGAUAUGACCCUAGAGAUCCAAUUAACAGCAACAUUUCUCU